AUGCCUCUUUCUUACGCAAUAGCAAGGGUCCAUAUCAACUAUACGCUCCAAAUUCACAAUAGCGGAAUCUUUCUACCAUGGCAUCGGCAUUUCAUCUGGCUUUGGGAGAAAGCCCUGAGGGAAGAGUGCGGCUUCACCGGAACGCUACCUUAUUGGGAUUGGGUCAUGUGGCCUAAUCUAGCCGCGAGCCCUCUCUUUGAUGGCACCGAAACGUCCCUUUCCGGCGACGGGGAAUUCAAUGCUACCGAGCAGCCUACCGAGCUGAAUCCCGAACCUGGUCUAACAAUAACCAUUCCUCGAGGUGCAGGCGGGGGAUGUGUACGGACAGGGCCCUUCAAAGACUGGGUCAUCAACAUGGGGCCCUUCGCCUUCAACGAGUCCUAUGAACCCGCCCUACCCGACCAUGCCUUCGACUACAACCCCCGCUGCCUGGUCCGAAGCCUUAAUGAUUGGGUCAUUCAGACAUACAAUAACCAGACAGUUGUGGACACCCUCCUUGACUCACCAGACAUCGUCGAAUUUCAGAAUAUCAUGGGUGGUUUUCCAAACCCACCCAUUCCCAUUGGGCCACAUGCCAUGGGCCAUCGGUCAUUAGGCCCGGACAUGCUAGACUUCUUUGCAUCACCGCAGGACCCAGCAUUCUGGCAGCAUCACGGCAUGGUCGAUCGACUGUGGACUGUGUGGCAGGAUGCAGACGAGCCGUGGAGGCGGUUCGCGCUCAAUGGAAGUAGCACCACCUGGUAUAAGGACGACACUCCGGAGGUUACUUUACAGACAACAGUGGAGUUCGGGAUUCUGGAUGAGCCGCGGCCAUUGUAUGAACUAAUGAGCCCAACAGCGGGUCCUUAUUGUUAUACAUAUACCUAA